UUCACGCUGCCCAGCCGGCGAUGCCCUCGCUCAGCUCCCUUCCACCGACGCGCGCCCAGCGGAGCCUUGCCGGGCUUUCCCUUGCCGCAGCUUCGGGACGUAGCUUGGCCGGCUUGCGCGGGAAGCCAGACACCAGUUUCCGCCCGGCUUCGGAGCGCUUUCAGCUCAGGCCAGCCCACAAGCCCUUGGCGGGGCUGGCAGCAGCAGGUGCUCCGGCCGCCAGGCCCCCUUGGCUCCCUAGCCAAGGCCGUGACGAGAGCCCUGCGCAGCCGCCGCCGUCACCGCUCUCCCCUUCCUUCAAUCGCCGGCGUCGGCUGCAUCCUCGGCGUGCAAAGGAGGGCGGGCUCGGCGCGCGCAGCUCCGCCUCUUUCCGUCUGAUUGGCAAAGGCUUCGGGCCGGGAACCGUGCGGGAGUCCCGGCCCCGAAGAUCCUGGGCCAAAAGAGGGCGCUCUGUGACCAGCAUCCCCAGAAAAGUUAAAGCGCCAACUGGGAACCCGCCUCUUUUCGCCGACAGGGAGCUCUUCGGCGGUUUGGGCGCUCCUGAACGCUCCCCUGCGGACACUCCCCGUCCUGUUCCACCUCUUCAGACACACCUCUCUGCCUCCGCGCUCCCCCUCCUCACCAGCGCCGCCGCCGCCGCCCUCGUUUCCCAUGCAGGUUGGGCUGCCCAGGCAGGCAACUGGCUGCGCCGAGUCUUGGUCUUUUCGGGCACGGCUGUCGCGACCCAUCUGCGGUCUCCAUAGAGACUUUGAGCAACCAGAGCCUUUCAGG